UCGUGCCGGCUGCGCAAGAGCAGCCUGCAAAGGCAGCUUUUCCAAUAAUGAACAACCCGUGGUAACUGGUAACUGUCAGUCCGCUCGUGGUGCAUUUCGUUGACUGUUGUGUGUUGCACCACGCUCGGUGUGCGUGCGUGUGCGUGUGUGCGCGCCGUGUGUUGUUUUUAUCCGGUGUUUUAAACAGAAGAGAGAAGAGACAAGGGUAUCUUCCUCUUUCAAAAAAAUAAAAACAAAAAUUGACAAAGUAAUAAAAAAAAAAAAAUAAUAAAUAAUGUGAUUUAAUUAAAGAGACGACGACGAAUUGACACGAUUAUCAAUUCGGUCCUUUUUCCCUGAGAUUUCGAAGGACGAAAGAAAAAGAGAGGGGAUUUAAUUUCCAACAGAAGAAAGAAAAACAAAACGUGUGUUUUCGUGUUACCUGGGCUAUCGUCGUGCGAUAACAAGAAGGAGUAAUCGAGAAGGUGGUGGCAUGGCAGGCAUGGCAUCUCAUUGGUAGAAAACCAUUUUCUAUUGGUAUAUCCUAUUUUUGGAAGUAGUCAAGAAGCCUGCCAACACUUCGAUCGAUCGUACGGUGGUAUUGGUAGACCUCCCCUCUCGGUGUAAUUCGCACGAAUACAACAACGCAACAGAAUACAACACAACAAGCACAUUAAUUCACGCACGUACUUAAAAAAAAAAGUACGUACAGGAUGGACAGGUGGAGGAGAACUAUUUGAGAAGCAAAGGACGAAAGAAGAAAUGUGAAGACAUAUAUAUAUAUAUAUAGAUUAUUUAACAUUUGACUUUGAAGAAUCCUUUAAUUCACGUUCGAAUGUUAUAACGAGAGUGAUUAUUAGGUAGAGAAGAAGGUUUCCUUCACAGGAAAGUGGAAAAACAAAAUGGGCAAGUGUUGCAGCAAACGACAGGAGCCUCAACCUAUUGGGUAUACUAAAGCGGAUACAGGAUUGAGCUCAAAACACAGCAAUGGUGGUUCCUUGGACCGAUACACGGCCGAUCCAAAUCAAAGAGGCGUACAAGCCAGGGCGGAUAUUAUCCGUCCAAGGCCAACACCUUGUAAGCUACAGAUACCGCAUCAACCACGUAAAACAAGCUCGCCUGUCGUUAUGCCUGCAUCUCAUUCCCAACGUGCAAACAAAAUCGUCGUUGCUCUUUACAAUUACACGGCACGUGAGAGCACUGACGUGAGUUUCGUCAAGGGCGACAGAAUGGAAGUUUUGGAUGAUUCCGAGCCAGACUGGUGGAAGGUUUUACAUUUGACGACCCUGCAGGAAGGUUUAAUUCCAUGGAAUUUCGUAGCUGUUGAACGUUCCGUUGAAAGCGAAGAUUGGUUCUUCGAAAAUGUGUCGCGUAAAGAAGCAGGAAAAUUAUUAUUGGCAGAUGAAAAUCCACGAGGUACGUUUUUGGUAAGACCAAGUGAACACAAUCCAAGGGGUUACAGUUUAUCCGUAAAAGAUUGGGAAGAAGGUAGGGGUCAUCACGUAAAACAUUAUAAAAUUAAACCAUUAGACAAUGGUGGUUUCUUCAUCGCCACCAAUCAAACAUUCCCAACUUUGCCAGCUUUAGUUAUGGCUUAUAGCAAAAACGCGUUAGGUCUUUGUCACGUUUUAUCGAAGCCUUGUCCGAAGCCCCAACCAGAUAUGUGGGAUCUCGGGCCAGAAUUGCGUGACAAAUGGGAGAUCAAGAGGAAUGAGAUUCAAUUGAUAAGAAAAUUGGGCCAUGGCAACUUCGGUGAGGUUUAUUACGGCAAAUUUCGGAAUAAAACCGAGGUGGCAGUUAAAACCUUACGCCCUGGUACCAUGUCGACGGAAGCUUUUCUACAAGAAGCUGCAAUAAUGAAACAAUUUCGACACAGACAUUUGGUAGCCCUUUACGCGGUAUGCUCUAAAGAAGAACCAAUUUACAUUGUUCAAGAGUAUAUGUGUAAUGGGAGUCUAUUAGACUUUUUACGUACCGGUGACGGCAAAUACAUGCAAUUCGAGGACCUGAUUUACAUCGCAGCUCAAGUUGCAUCUGGCAUGGAACACCUCGAGAGCAAACAAUUGAUACACAGAGAUCUAGCUGCUAGGAAUGUUCUCAUUGGUGAAAAGAACAAAGCUAAGAUUUGCGAUUUUGGACUCGCCAGAGUUAUCGAGGACGACGAAUAUUGUCCUAAACAGGGAAGCAGAUUCCCGGUUAAGUGGACAGCACCUGAAGCUAUUGUUUAUGCAAGGUUUAGCAUCAAGAGCGAUGUUUGGUCUUAUGGUAUUUUACUUAUGGAGUUAUUCACUUACGGACAAGUUCCUUAUCCGGGUAUGCACGGUCGUGAAGUAAUCGAGCAUGUGGAGAAAGGUUACCGUAUGCCCAAACCAUUGAACCAUCCAUUACCGGAUAGUAUAUAUCGAUUAAUGUUAAUGUGCUGGGAUGCCAUUCCUGAAAAACGGCCGACCUUCGACUUCCUCAAUCAUUAUUUCGAAUCAUUUAACGUAACUAGUGAAAUACCUUAUCUCGAGCCACCGACGGACUGAUACACAGCCCACAUGCAGAAUCACAUGGUACCGCAUGGUCAUUAUCAUCCAGCGCACGUUAAUUGUGCCAUGGAAUUUUACGGUAUUUAUUGCUAAAAUGGAGGAAAAUGAAAAAAAAUAAAAAAAAAAAAUAAAAAAACAACGGCGAUAACCACACAAAAGUGUGGAGAAUCGUUUUUAUAAUAUAUCGUUGUAAUGAUGAUGAUGAUGAUGAUGAUGAUAAUGAUAAUGAUGAUGAUGAUGAUG